GGAAAUCUUUUUUUUUUUUUUUUUGUCAAGCGCAUUCCCCACCCAUUGGCGCAGGUGUGCCUACCUGCCUUCAAACACGGAAGUUUUAGGACUAUCACGACUCGUUUUCCCCACUGCACCUAUGGAACCAGGUCCCAGCGGGAGUCCGACCCAAUGGCAUCCGCCGGACAGACGCAUCCCAGCGGGCCGGCUCAGGGAGCGGGGCCCGGGGAAAGGCUGUCGAUCCACGGCAGCACAGAGAAGCUGGAUUCCUCCGCUGUCAAUCGCAUGCUGAUGGAGUUCUUGGCGUACUUUGGCAGAGCCCUACUCGUCUUCUAUCCCGUGUAUCUGACAGGGUACCUGGGCCUCAGUAUCAGCUGGGUGCUGCUGUGCAUGCUGACGGUCACUUGGUGGAAGAAAAAUCGCCAGUGGAAAGACGCCCGGAUCGGAACCGCCAUCGAAUUUGUGGACAAUGAAACGCAUUUGGUCAACAAGGAGCUGCAAAGUGCCUUACAGAUGGCGACAUGGGUCCACUUUCCUGAUGUUGAGAAAGUUGACUGGGUUAACAAGGUGUUGGAGCAGACCUGGCCUUUCUUUGGGAUGUACAUGGAGAAGCUCCUUAAAGAGAACAUCCAGCAGGCCGUCAGGAUGUCCAACUCCGCACUCAAAACGUUCACUUUCACCAAGAUCCACUUUGGACGUGUACCUCUCAAGAUCACUGGAUUGAAAGCAUACACAACUGAAGUGGAUCAGAGGGUGGUGGUUCUGGACAUGAAUAUGAGUUAUGACGGUGAUGUGGACAUCGACGCUGUGGUGAAGGAGCCCAUCAAAGCUGGUGUCAAAGGACUUAAACUCCAAGGAAUGCUGAGGGUCAUUUUAGAGCCGCUUAUUGGUGAAGCACCACUGGUGGGAGGAGUCACCUUUUUUUUCAUUCGCCGCCCUACCCUACAAAUCAACUGGACUGGCAUGACCAACCUUUUGGACACCCCUGCCUUCAGUUCGUUGUCUGAGGAGGCCAUCUUGGACAUCAUUGCCUCGCUCAUGGUGUUGCCCAACCGCAUGUGUGUGCCUCUCAUAGACCAGGUCAAAGUGGACCAGAUGAGGUUCCCACUACCUCAUGGUGUGGUGAGGGUCCACGUGCUGGAGGCCAGAGACCUGAUGGCUAUGGACACAUACAUGUUGGGUUUAGUGAAAGGCAAAUCAGACCCCUAUGCAACAAUCAGAGUCGGCAACCGACAUUUCAAAACCAAGACCAUCAAAGAGAAUUUGAACCCCGUAUGGAAGGAAGUGUAUGAGUUUGUCGUCCAUGAGGCCCCAGGGCAAGAGCUGGAGGUGGAGAUAUACGACGAGGACACAGAUAAAGAUGACUUCAUUGGACAGUAUCACCUUGAUUUGGGAGAAGUGAAGAGGGAGAAAGAAAUUGAUCAGUGGUUUCCUCUGGAAGGCGUCCCGAAGGGAGAAGUUCACCUCAAGCUCCAGUGGCUUUCCCUUAAGACUGACUCCAGCCUGCUGAUGGAGUCUGCAGACGGCCUUGCUUGUGCUAUGCUUGCAGUGUAUCUGGACAAUGCCUCAAACCUACCAAAAGACCACAGUGAGAUCACCGAGCAUCCGAAACACGGGAAGCACUCAAAGGAAGGCCGGCUCACAAAGAGAACUAUCCUCCCGAACUCCUUUGUGGAAUUUUCCAUUGAUAAGGAUGUUCAGAAAAGCAAGGUUGCGUAUGCAUCGAAAGACCCAGUGUGGGAGCAGGGCUUCAUCUUCUUUGUGCAUAAUAUCAAUACACAGCAGCUCAGUAUUCAGGUCAAAGUUCCCGAGAAGAAGACUCAGCUCGGUGUUCUCAGCUUGCCCCUGAGUCGCCUUCUCAACACCUCCAACAUGACUCUAGACCAGCGCUUCCCGCUGGAGCGCUCCGGAGCAAACAGCCAGAUCAAGCUGAAAGCCACUCUCAGGAUUCUUACUGUGGAAAAACCUCCACCCAAGAUUAUCCUCAAUCCUGCUCCACAAGUCAAACCACAGACCAACCAAGGAGGUAACGCCCCGUCCUCCUCUUCGGCACUUUCCGCCAACACCAUCCCCGCUGGCCAAGCCUCAUCUCCGACCCAGGCAGCUAAUUCCCAGAAUGGCCCAAAUGGAGACUAUUCAUCUCACCGCCGUGGCUCCCUCCUGCCGCCUGAAACCUGGCAGCCAUCUUCUUCCACAACAAACCUGCGUCGGUAUGACUCCCACAGCCUGCUGUCAGAGAACUCCAUCGCUUCGUCACGUUUCGACGUUUCAGAGGGAGCCUCGUAUCCAGAGGCCAUCAGGAAACAUCAGGGUUCGUUUGGGGAGAUCCACCUGACUGUACGCUAUGCCACCCUGAGGAAUAAACUCAUGAUCAUUGUUGGCUCCUGCAGGAACUUAUUCCGCUCCAAUGAGAAUGGCACAGACUCUUAUGUCCGCCUGUAUUUGCUCCCUGACCAAUCCUGGAUACACCGCAAGAGGACACAUGUCAAAAGGAGGACAGUCAAUCCUGUCUUCAAUGACAAGUUUGAAUUUGAUCUGUCACUUGAAGAAGCAAAAACCAGGAAGUUGGAUGUGGCGGUGAAAAAUGGCAAGAUGUUCCACUCACGAGAGAGAAAGGACAUUGGCAUGGUGAUGCUAGAUUUUUCACAGUUGGAUCUUGUCAAAGGCAUCACGGAAUGGUUUGAGCUCACAUUGCCUGGGCUGAAUAAAUCCAGCUAGCGGGCUGUAAAACUUCAGUUUGCAGCUUGAAGAGCAGCACUUCAGCCACUGCAAGGCCAAAUGCGGGCCUGACGAAUGCUUGGAGAGUUGCAUAUUCCUUUGACUUCCUUAUCAUCACGGACCAGAGUUGGGUUUUCCAAGAGCAGCACUAAACCCAUCUCAGAUACUGGACAUGUUUGGUACUGCGUGUCAAAGUAUAUGUGAUCACAGGCACACACAGUAAUAUUCCAAACCACACCCCUACUUAAGGUCUUACUUGUCCCACUUACUGAUAUACCCCAUGAUUUAACACAAUAUUUAGAAUAGAAUAUACUGUUCUAAAUGACCUUGAACAAAGCAGAAAAAUAGCUGUAAAUAAGACUUUUAAACAUGCUUCGGUAUCCCAGAUAAAGCAUUUUGUGAUCCAGUUUAUUGUAGCUUAUUUGGCUUGACAAGCAGAAACCAAAUGAUCCUGAAUAGUAAUGCUAUUGCUAAGCCUCUUUUCCAUAGGAAGAGAGGAUGUAAUUCUUCAGAAAAUGUUUAGAUUUCUACUUUAUGGAGAAACAAAGAUGUUUUUUUGUUUAUUUUGGCUUGGUUUUUGCGUUGAUCUGAGCCAAAGUUAUCCUUUUGUAUUUUCAUGUAAAUAGUUGUAUUGAUAGUUUCUAUGUAAUAUAGGGAAAUAAAUGAAAAACCAUGUGUGUUUGUUGUAGCAAUCCAGGAGAGUCAUUGCAUGGUGAGGAAGGGUUACACGCUUUAAUACACACUGACAACCACAUAUUCACAGCUGGAAGAAGCCAGAUACAACUAGAGUUUUUGUGUGUUUCGGUGAAAUAGUGAGUUCAUUAGUAGUGAAACUGCAUCUAAGCAAGGCGCAUGAGAUGUAGUUCUUUGCUCAAGGACGCCUCGACCACAGUUACACCUAACCCUCUCAGAUUUACCACCUGGUUUUUAAGUUAUCUUCAAUUUCAAUAUUUAAAAUACUCACCCAACUUUGUUUUAUACAACUUGAUAAACACACUUUUACUGUAUAUAUCCCUGUGUCAUCAUUAAACAUGGUUUUGACAUGGUUUUCAUAGAGAGUACUAAUAAAAAUGCUUUCUGCAUUUGCGUAAGAUUUAACUUGAAAACCACGUUAAUUCAUUAAGACAUGGAAAAAUACCUCUUACAUUAGUUACAACCACCAUCAUAAUACAUUUUUGUAGACUGCCACAGGCAUAUGGUAGUCGUCUUUGCAAAAAAUAAAUAAAUUGUUGACUGCUAAUUGUAAAAAGUUGUGCCAAGAGUUUGGUCUUGACUAAUGGAGAGCUGUUUAUCUUUCUUUAUUUAAAUUAUUCAGCAGCUGGAGAGUAUAUGGAAAAAAUCUGGUGUUUUGAACUGACACUAAAUGACUGUGAGAUUUGUUUUCAGCUAACAUUUUGAUGACAAAUAAACAUCUUCAAGCAAA